AUGGAGUUUUACCGAGUGAGAAGAGAUUGCGUAGCUGAACGAUACAGAAGGAGAAUGAAGCUCGUGCGUAAGAAACUAGAAGCCAAAGGUCAGGAAUUAAACUUCUACUUUCAAAACAAAACUUACCUCUCUGUUGGUACUGGAUGCAACUAUACUGCUAAAAAAGGAUCCAAGAAACUUUCCUGCAACAUGGUGUCAACAUGCUCUGGUCCAUUUGGGAGUUCUUCGUUUUCAGAAGCAAAGAAGCGACUGCAAAAGCUCGAGCAAGAUUAUCAACACACCUAUGAGAAGUACACAGAACUACAAUCAGACAGGUAUAUGUACUACGUUGUUUUUCAACAUCCAGGCCACCACAGUCGCUGGGUUGGCUACUGUAUCUAUCAUAGCAAACAUUUAGUGGAGCAACUGCAGAAUGUUCUUGACAAGCUGAGUACAGAAGAAGCAUCAUCACAAACCGGAAGAGAACCACCUACAAACGGAAAGCAAUUCAUCUUGAUGCACGGUUGUAAAAGCUUGGCACAAGAAAAGAUGGUACUGCAGCAGCUAAAAGCUGAAAACAAAGAGCAAUACACUGAUGGACUGAGCCAAGAAACAAUUGACCUCAAAAGAAUUAAGGAGGAGUUCAGAUACAUUCAGAGAAUAGUUCCACAGAAUAGCAGCAAGAAAUCUAUACUUGAUCUGUUGAGGGAAAUUAAAGAGACACAGAAGUUGACAGAAAAGGCUAUUUCCAAUGGUGCACUCAUGAGCAACCGCACGAGUUUGGACAAUAUGAUAAGUUCUAAAAGUGUCAUAAUAAAGCUUCUGACGAAGGUAAUCAGAGAAUUUGAGAAAGAGAAAAAGGAGAUGGAGGACAUUUUGCAAGACAGAGUACAUUUUGCAAGAAAGCAUGAAAAAGGAUACACGGAUAAAAUGAGGGUUCUACAGGAAAAAUGUAAAUGCAUAGGUGAGAAACGUGAUGCAGAGAAGAAAUACUUGAUUGUUUUGAAGGAAAGUUUCAGGUCGAGCCACAAAACUGCUUCACAAAGAAAAGGCUGCAGAAAAGGGUAACUUCAGAGA